GCAAGCACUACGGCGUCUCCAGCUGCGAGGGCUGCAAGGGCUUCUUCAAGCGGACGAUCCGCAAGGACCUGACCUACACCUGCCGCGACAACCGCGAGUGCGUGGUGGACAAGCGGCAGCGCAACCGCUGCCAGUACUGCCGCUACCAGAAGUGCCUGGCCACCGGCAUGAAACGGGAGGCCGUGCAGGAGGAGCGGCAGCGGGGCAAGGACAAGGAGGGGGACCCGGAAUUCGGGAUGGCUCCCAACGAGGAGAUGCCGGUGGAGAAACUUCUGGAAGCCGAAUUGGCCGUGGAGCCCAAAAGCGACGACGGCGCCGGGCCCGGAGGAGCCUCC